AUGGACCGGUCGAUCUUCAAAGGACCUAUCUUCUACCGACUCUUCACUACCAUUGCGCUUACCUAUUGCGUUGCUAAGACAAUUAACUAUGUCUACCCGGACACUGCGCAUGGCUCCAGGCCCCAAGUUGAAUCUGUCAAGAAGACGCGCGAAUCUCAAGAUCGGUCGAGAUCGUGGCAAGAGCACUGGGACAAAGCCAACACCAAUGGCUCGACAAACCAACCGGACGUUAUCCACUUGAUGUUGCCGAUUUGGAUCCGCCGGACAAAGCCCCAGCCAUGGGAUCCUGAUGAUCCAACUUGGAAGUCGAUCCAAUCUCUCCACGCAGAUACCAAGCGCCUGCGUGAAAUCACAAAGGCGAUCCAAGAAUCUCUGAAGCGGGAGGUGGUGAAAAAGUAUGGUCGUGUUUUAUUGGAGCUCGGCGGCAAGUUUGCUUUCCACGCUGGAUGGAGAUUGGCUCCGCCGUUAUAUGCUCCCACAACUUAUGAGGUCCCAUGCAUCUUCUUAGAGCCCGGCACGGUCAGCUAUGGCUGGAGGCAGCUGCCAAAUAGCAUGGGAGGGAAGAUGGAUCGUGUCUUUCAUCCCAUUGUGCUUGCCAAGGCCUUUUUCUAUGGGUUUAGAGAAUUUGCCUGGGCUUCGUAUCUGAUCACCAAGGCUCGACUGAUUGAUCAGCUCAAUUCUCUCGGCGCCACCGUCAAAGACCCCUCCACGCCGCAGAAUCCUCUCAGUGAAGAUGAGAAGGCUCACAGGCGGUUGAGUUUUGGAAAAAUAUCUGAAAAGGACAAAACGUUCUGGCUCCCUUUUCUUCGCGGAGAAUAUGGUGAGCAUGACUCAAGACGCGCCUACCGUGACCUUGUCAAGUCCAUGACCUACCAAGGUGCAAUCGAAUCAGGAUGCGCCGUGUUCCGAGCCUAUUGGAUUCACGGGCAAGAAAAGAUCAUGCAGUCGUACACUCGAGAUAGCGUCCUUAUGGUUGGAGAGAUUGCCUUCGUGGGAGACAGAGGCACACUGUUUGUACAUGCCGUGGCGGUAUACUCCCCCGAGACCGACUCGCUCAUUGGGCCACCUAUCCUCAAGCAUGCGUAUGUCGUCCCGGACAGAGAGAAGUGGGUGGAGGAGAAGGUCCCCAACCCUGAUGAGAACGACUUGCUGCAAACUGAAAGACAGGAACAGACAAAAUUGAUUGCUCGAGAGGCUCUGAAACCAUCAACUGAACCAGGCGAGGCGCAGAGGACGGGGAAGCCUCCUUCCAGCGAGGAAAAUCAGGAGAAGAAUGGCGAGAAGUGA